AUCCUAAUCGGACGGGCUCCCCGCCGGAACAGAUGCCAGAUUGUUAUGUGACGCCGCUCGCGCUUUUCCACCGCGGCUUUGUGUCUGUCGACCGCCACCCGCGGCGAGCCUUCGCGCCAUAAAAAGUGCACGCUCGGCAGCUCACUCCACAUUCUCCCCCAGCCUCCCCACUGUACAGCACAGCGAGUGCAACACAAAGCCAGAGUGGAGAGCUAGCUAGCGUGAGACCUCAAGCCUGACGCCCUCUCGUGCCACGACGAUGCCACCGCCGGCCUCCUGGUUCUACAGGCUGCGGCGCAAGCGAGGAGGCGACGCCGGCGAGAUCGCAAGGGGCGAUCGUGCUCCGGCGGUGGUGACCCCGCCGCCGUCGUCGGCGUCGUCGCGGGAGGUGCCGGUGCCGCCUCCGUGCACCCCGAACAGGGCGUCCUACUACGUCCCCAGCGGCGAGCGUGGAGCUGUCAAGGGGAUUCCGAUUCCGCCCAAGCGCCGGGACACGCAGUUCCCGCGCAGCCCGCAGCCGAGCGACAUCAUCUUCGACGUGGUCACCGUGGCGCGGGCCGCGGCCGACCGGUUCGACGGGCUCAGGGCGAUGCCGGAGCUCAAGCUGCGGCCCAUCCUCACCAAACCGGCCGGCAGAAAGGCGGACGGGGAGGAGGAGGAGGCCUCGGGGAGCGGCGGCGCGUCACCGACGGCCAGGGCGCGGCGGCGGCCGCGGCUCUACGUGAAGGCGAGCGGCGGGCGGAUGGGGAGAAGGCCGGCGGACGCGCAGCCCCCGGCGAUGGCGACCACCGGGCCGCGGAGGCGACAAGCGAGGCGGCGGCGCUGGCUGCAGGAGAGCCUGGUGGUGGUGAAGGAGUCGGCGGACCCGGAGGAGGACUUCCUGGCGAGCAUGGCGGAGAUGAUCGCGGCCAACGACGACGUCCGCGCCUCGCCGCGGGGCCUCGAGGAGCUGCUCGCGUGCUACCUCGCCCUCAACGCCUCCGAGCACCACCGCGCCAUCGUCGCCGCCUUCCGGCUUGCCUGGCUCGACGACGCGCCCACCAGCACCGCCAAGCACAGGCCGCCGCCGUCGCACGGGCUGGCUGGCUAAGCCAGCUACACACCACGUGUGCCCGUGUACAGUAGUACGAAAAUGGCGGUGGUCUGUGAAAGUUUCUUGGGGCGAAUCCCCAUGGCCGCGGCUUGCUCGAUCGAUGGUUGCUCGCUGCUGCGAUUCUGCAAAGCCGGAGGAUCGACGAGCGCACGCGCGUCACGGGGUGCUCUGCUCUGGUUCAAGCCGUUCUCAUCGAUCGUGUGCUGUCUGCUGUCUUUACAGAUAGGAGUAGCCGAGUAGGCCUACCUGCGUCAGAAUUUGUUCAUGCUGGAAGAACACCAUCUCGGAUUUUUCUUCUUGUUGCUGCUCCGUUGAUGCUAAGUGGAGUACGGACUAGGUAGCUGUGGAAGCAUCUACGCAUAUACGGUGUGACACGGCAUGCACAUGUACAAAAAUUCGGGUAAGUUAUUACUGAUAGUACCUUUCCUAGCGUGCGUCCGACCGUUCUUUCCAUCUUUUUUUUUCGAGGAAAAAAGAAAAGAAGAUAAAAAGAACGUGGGAUUUGUUAUCUCCGUACAAUAAUUUGAUCAAUACAAGGCAUCCCGGAAAGACAAGAAAAUUCCACUAAAAAUAUAAGGUACAGCUAAGGUACAGCUGGGCAUGAACCUCUGGAGAGCGAUAUGCACCCAAACGAAGCAAAAAGAGGCCACAAUCUAGGCGCAGCCGCAAAAACAUCCGAGGGAACAUCACAUUGAUCCCCAAGGGUUAGUCUUCCGAUGUCGACGCCACUAGCUGCCCACAACACCACUAUUGAAAAGAGCCGGAAGAUGAGGAUCAUUGCCUUGACGCCAACACGAAGAAACACGAGUUGCUCGCUCUUCGGACCUGAGACGGCGCAAACACCACCUAUCAAAUCAAAUAUCGGUACCCGGGAUAACUACAUCUUUGAUGGAAGAUCCAAAGGAAGCUUAUUCCCCACUGUUGGAGCCGAAGCCAUGGAUAACCAAAGACCUAACCAAGAUAUAUAAACUACUUA